CGAGAAUCCCAAUUGUUAAUUGUUCAUAUGUCAUUUUCAAUUACUAAAUCUCGAAGAUUGAAACUUGAUGAAUCGUAAAAUGUGUACGGUCUAUGUGUUUUGUCUCAGGACUCUUAUAAACGCCUAGACAUCUCUAUUUGAAUAAGACAUAGUAUGCAAUGAUUUUGACACUGUCUGUCUCCAGAUUUUCAAAGCUCAAUCCGCAAUCUUAUGUUCUUAGAUCACACAUGCGAUCGAACGAAAAUCAAUAAUAGAAAAUAAUUUCCCGAUCUCUUCACCCGCAACCGACGUUAAUCGAGAUUAAGGAAUGGUGAGGAAGAAUAUAAAUCACAUUCGAUGAGUUCUUUCGGUAGCCCAGGUUCAGGUCCUUACGCCGGAAAGCCAAUCCCGCCACAGCGCGGUAGCUUCCCCUUAGAUCAUGAUGGCGAAUGCAAGGCUGUCAUGACAAAGUAUCUCUCAUGUAUUAGGAAAGUCAAGGGCAUGAAUGACGAGGAGUGUCGUAGCCUCGCCAAGUCUUAUCUGUCGUGCCGUAUGGAUCGGAAUCUCAUGGCGAAGGACGACUUUAAGAACUUGGGCUUUGCGGACCCGGAUCCGCCGUCCAAUUCGGAGUCUCAGGGGCGGUAGUAUGGUACCAAUCGCCUUCAACCUGAAAACGCCAAAAAUAUUCCAUUACCCGAAUAUCGGCUCUGAGUAGAUAGUAAGCUGCUCUCCAGCAUACUGAUUACUAUUACUAUAUCAGUCACGGUCUUAGUAGGGGGUAUUGAUGGACACUAUGAGCUCUUAACUCCAAGGACCAACCCAAUUUCCUCCUAUCAUACACCGGAGAAAACGGCUAUAAAGCCCAGACGAAGUUUGAUAUGGUCGGGUAUAUAUAUUGUACAUCACCAGAUGGUAAAUAUAUUCAACGUUCCUGUUCCCAUGUACAUACUUGAAGCCACCAUACUUGAAGUACCUAGGUAGUUAUUAGUACAGUAAACGAAACAGUGGACUCGAAACCACACAUAGGUAACUACCUAGGUAAACUAUACAUCUGUAUGUACCUACACACUUUAGUCAGACGUCGCCGUUUUUACCAGACUUCUACCUUUCAUACCUACCUUCUUCAUGAUCUGAUUACACAUACGAAACCAAUUGACUAUAUCCGACUUAUUCCCAAAUCCGGUUAAAGUUGGAGCUUACCAGAACUCCGGGUCCGGAGCAG